UGCUUCCGGCUGCCUGCCUCUGCUGCUCUUCGCUGAGCUACAUCGGCCGACUCCACUGCAUAUCGUACUCCGUAUACCAGAUGAUGCAUUGAGGGUGGGUUUUAAUUGCACCACCCGAUAUGCAGUGCUGGUGCUCGGCGCUCCACUUGUAGCCGUUUUUCUGGUGAGAAAGGCCGAAAAAAGACACCAGGAAACUGUAGUGGAGAGGAAAAAAAAAGAAAAAAAAAAAAAGAACUGUGAGAGCAGACAGACAGGAGGCCACGGUUUCCCCCUCAACCACACACACACAUCACCGGGGCCUUGAUGGUGAUGUAUGCAAGGAAACCAGCAAGAGUCAGCGAUGGGUGCAACGACAGAAAGGAUCCCCAGUCCUAUCAGACCCAUAAAUCUCAGCCAAAGAGCCAAUCCAGCAGCGUACACCGCUACAACAAAGUGCGUGAUGUUUCAUCAGAUCCCAUACCCCCUUACAAGGUGCUGCGACGCUCUGAUGAAAGUCCUGUCAGCCGACAAGGAGAUAUUAUGGGGCAACAUGGGAAGGCCAAAAGCUCUUUCACUGUUCGAGGAAAAAAUGGGACCAGCAGCUCUCCUCAGGAGGCCUCUCACAACAACAGCUCCCACCAAGGCAGUGAAACUCAUGCCAGCCAGAGCAAGCCUGCAGAAAGAGACCCUGCUGAUGACUGGACAGAACACAUUAGCUCCUCCGGCAAGAAGUACUACUAUAACUGUAGAACUGAAGUUUCCCAGUGGGAGAAGCCCAAGGACCUGCUGGAGAGGGAACAGCGACAGAAAGACUCAGCCAAGAUGGCAGCAAACAGUUUCCCCAAAGACAUGGACUAUAGACAAGAGGCCUUGCAGGACAAAGCCACAACUAAGGCAGCACCAGGGGACCAAUCCACGUCAUCAAACAGCGGCCAUUCCUCUUCUUUGUCUUCUUCUCAGAGCCUAAACUCUGCAGCUGGUUCUUUAGGGUCCACCCCUUCCAACAUGUCAUCAUCCUCAUCAUCUACGGCGCAGGGGACUCCAUCUGCGCAGUCGCAAUCAUCUGCGCUGCUUCAGGACCCGGCCAUCCUGCAUCAGCUCCUUCCAGCUCUGCAGGCGACUCUGCAGAUGAACAACGGCAGCAUGGACAUGGCCAAACUCAAUGAAGUCUUGGCAGCUGCUGUCACCCAAGCUUCCUUGCGGUCUGUGCUUCAUAAGCUCCUUGCUGCUGGACCUGCUUUCAACAUCUCUGCUCUGCUCUCAGCUGCUCAGCACUCCAACCAAGCCCAGCACUCCAGUCAGUCCCCGGUAUCCGUGACGACAGAUGCAUCAUCACCACGCCCAUAUGUCUCGCCACGGAACGGCACCCCCCAAAACAGCCAGAAAUCCCUCCUGGGCAUGCAUAUCGGCAGCGUCACACCAUCACAAUCGAGAGGUGGCAUGCCUCCAGGAAAGCAGGGGUCGGUGACUUUGGGUCAGACAGCCGAUAAGCGUCCAGAGGACCCCAGAACUCUGCAGCAUAGAAGCCAAGAUAUUAUCUGCACGGGACCAAACAUGUCUGCCUUGCCUCAUGCACCAUCCAGCAGCAGCACCACCGCCCAAAACCAGUCGGACCCCCCCGGCUCCUUCACUCCCACCCUGGCAACUCAUUUCGAUGAAAACCUCAUCCGACACAUCCAAGGGUGGCCUUCAGAGAAUACUGAGAAACAGGCGGCUCGGUUGCGGGAGGACCUCCAUAACAUGGGCAGCCUGUACAUGUCUGAAAUCUGCACAGAAAUGAAAAACCUUCGCUCUCUGGUCAGAGUAUGUGAAAUCCAGGCUACACUGAGGGAGCAAAGAGUUCUGUUUUUGAGGCAGCAGAGCAAAGAGCUGGACAAACUGAAGAACCAGAACUCCUACAUGGUGUGAGGACAUAAGAAAGGCUGGAAAAUGGACAGCAAGCUGCUGCAGCCUCUCCCUGCUGUUUUAAACGGCUACAGACGAGUCUUUUUUCUUUUCCUCUUUUCAUUUUAACUUUUUAUUUUUUUUUGUCCACCACACGACUUGUUUCUCUGAAAAGCCAGACUCGUGGUUCAGACACCUUAACCGAGUGGACAGAGGACCUGUGACUAUUUGCAGACAGCACCUUCUUGGACCAUGAAGCUUGGAUUGUGUGUGUCAUAUUGGUUAAACUUGUUUUUCCGGCGUGUUUUAAUGUGUAGUGUUGAGGACGAGAUUCAAAACAAACUAAAACAUAUUCGCGUUUGUGCAAAAGCUCUUCGGAUUGAUGAACAUGGCUGUUCGUUGCACUUCUGAACCGGACAUUCUCGUACAUUAAAAUCCUUACAGAUGGAUUCUCGUUUUUCUAGGUUUUUGCUUUUUAUUCACUAUACUUGGACAUUGCUUUACCAUCUCGUUGUGUUUCAGAGGAGCUGAAAUCUUCCUGGCAUUACUUAUUCCAUCUGUUUUCUCAGUCCCUCGGUCGAGGUCUGUGUGGUUCCAGUUGGACAAAGUCAGUUCUGUUCGCUCACUGAAGAUGUUUUAAGAAUCUUUCUGACUAAAGCAUACAUCUGCUAGACCUACAGUAGCUGCUUGUAAAACUGAGCUUCUGUACAUUAGUCUCUGCUGCCAACUUUCUCAUUCCUUCUGUAGUUUAUACCCAAUCAGCCAUGUUCUGUUGUAUCCCGGGAACUACUGCAUUCCUUUUGAUUUACCUUGGAAAGAGAUUUUGUGAGUCAUUACAAAAGUGAUUAAAUAAACAGUCACGCAAAGUUAAA